CGAGAUUAUUUAUCUUUGCACUUGCCUAGUCUUUUUGGCAUGCUUUUCUUAUGUUUUCUGCGUUUUGUUCUUCUUUUAUUUCUUUGUAGUGAUUCAUGCUCUUUUAGAUUUACUUUCAAAUCACGGCAAUAGUGACUUACGUCACUUCAUACUUUGUUAUCUGGGUUUUGUUUUAUUUAUUUUUUCUCUAGUUAUACUAACGUUUUCAUCAUUAGGUUUGAUCUUGUCUUUUGGGUUUCUGCAUGUUAUAAGGUGUAGACGAGUCCAGAUCACCCUUUUCUUUUAAAACCUUAACAGUGGUACAUUCCUCAAACAGCCCUGUCUCUAAAUGAUAUAUUAAUGUGUAUAAACAUUAUAGUCCAAUGGAAAUCUUGUUUUAUCACAAAGUUAUUUCACAAUUUUAUUGUAAUUAGCACGCAGUCCACCUCGUUUUUAUGUAUUCUAUUUUGCGAGUAUGGAAAUAUUUAAUACUGUAGUAGUAAAGUAAAGGUAUUUGCCUUCUCUAAGAACGUGGUAUAUUACUUCAUCCCGACCUUCACGUGAAUAAAUUGCUGUACCCUAUAAACCACUGUCUCUGUCUAUACAAAAUGUGUCUAAUGUGUGUAUUUGUACACCAAUCUGCAUAGACCAGUGUUAUCGCAGUAAAACCCGCCGCCUACCCUCGUGUAGACCUGCAAACGAUGGACGAGUUUGUGUUGUCUGCUCUCGCCCCCAGACGUGAUUAUGCAAAUACAGCAGCACGUGCCGGGCUAUAUCCAAACAUAUUAGAAGCUGACAAGUCGUGUAAAAUAGAAUGUUUGAAAUUUGAACCGAUAGUAAUGCGUCAUCAGUUGACUAGACCAUAUCGUUACAUUGCAGCUCCUUUGUCCUCAUCAACCACUUCUGGCCUUCUUGGUGUAGCUUAAUUUUUUAGUACUUCAUCAUACAUGCCUGUGUGUGUGUGUGUCUCAUAACAUUUCCUGCGCUUUCUCUCUCUCUCUCAUUACUGGCAGUGUGAUGCUAAGCGCACGUAUUCACAGGCUACAAGUAGCGAAUAAGUGCUCAUAUCCUGUAUCAUUAUUGUAGGCAACGUAGAGAAUCUUUGUGACCUUUCCAUCAUUAGGUUUAAUCCAACUCUCGCCCCGACUGGUCCCUCUGCGCAUGUCAAGUGACACAACUACUCUGCACGUAGAAUAACUCACUGGGGCUGCUUGUAGUAGUACACACUGGAUAUGCCCUUUGUUUUUGUCACGUGUGAAAAUAAUUUGUUGUUAAAAAAUGAUGUACUUUAGUUAACACGUGUUGCCGGGCUAGUCGUAGAGAGAUGGGCCGGUACAGUGUCACAGACAUGUCACUGUCACACCGACUUGUUGUCGUGUCGGUUUAAACUUUUGGCCCGCAAUGGAUUUAACUGACUUAACUAGGAUUUCAGUAUUGGAAUGAUUCACAGUUACACUUUACAUGGUCACGCCAAAGGACCAAGGAGAGAGUGGAGGGGGAGGAAGAGGAGAUGAAAAGUCCAUAGAGGAUGAUGAGGACGGCCAUCUCAUCUAUAGGGCCGGGGACAUCCUGCAGGCUCGAUAUGAAAUCAUCAAUACUCUAGGCGAGGGCACCUUUGGCAAGGUUGUUGAGUGCAAGGAUAUACACAAGGGCUGUGAUCGACUAGCAUUGAAGAUCAUAAAAAAUGUUGAGAAAUACAGAGAAGCAGCCAAGCUGGAAAUCAAUGUCUUGGAGAAACUCAGGGAACGUGAUCCUCAAGGCAAAUAUUUAUGUGUUCAGAUGCUGGAUUGGUUUGACUACCAUGGUCACAUGUGUAUUGCUUUUGACAUGCUUGGUCUCAGUGUCUUUGAUUUUCUUAAAGAAAACAAUUAUGUCCCUUAUACACUGGAACAAGUCAGACACAUAUCAUAUCAGCUGUGUUAUGCUGUUAACUUCCUUCAUGAAAACCAGCUAACACACACAGAUCUAAAGCCAGAGAAUAUACUUUUUGUCAAUUCUGAUUUUGACACUUAUUUCAAUCCCAAAAAGUCUCCCUUUGAGUUUGCUGGGAAUGUUCGCACCAGAUUAUCUAAAAGGGAUGAGAGGCGAAUAAAAAACACUGAUAUAAAACUGAUUGACUUUGGUUCAGCCACUUUUGACCAUGAACACCACAGCACCAUUGUAUCUACUAGACAUUACAGAGCACCAGAGGUCAUUUUAGAGCUUGGCUGGGCACAGCCAUGUGAUGUAUGGAGUAUUGGGUGCAUCAUGUUUGAGCUGUAUACCGGCUACACACUCUUCCAGACUCAUGAUAACAAGGAACAUUUAGCCAUGAUGGAAAGAAUACUUGGCUCAAUGCCUUAUAGGAUGACUAAAAAGACCAAAACCAACUACUUCUGGCAUGGCCGUCUGGACUGGGACCCUACAACUUCUUCUGGCCGUUAUGUUAGGGAGAACUGCAAACCCCUUUAUCACUAUUUGAAAGACAAAGGACAGGAACACAUUCAAAUCCUUGAAGUUAUAGAACAAAUGUUGGAAUAUGUCCCAGAAAAUCGGGUGACGCUGAAAGAAGCCCUCCGACAUGGUUUCUUUGAGUCUAUCCGACACAAAGAGAGAGAGAACACUUUGAUGAGUGUACCUCGGGAUUCCCUGUCUGCUAACUCUAGUAGUACUAACUUGAAUGAGCUUGCUAGUAAUGAUACCUCUGUUGUGCCUGAUGGUCUGUCCUCUACUAAUCCUGAGAAUUUAGCUAGUUCUAGGUUGGGGGAAGGGGAAGGAAAUGCUGCAGCAAAGCGGGAAACAAAUGCAGGCACAAUCUCCAGCAGUCCUGUGUCCAUGUUCAAGAAGAAAGAGGAAGUGGAUGGAGAAUCUUUUGGGCUUGCUGUAGCUGAUAUCAAACGCAGAAGGUUCAAUAAACUGAGUAGACAUCACACAAUGGAGGAUGCCACUGACAUGAGUGAGUUCCAAGAGAUGGGCACUGCUCUAGAUUCCAUAUCAGCUAAGGAUAAGAUGGCAGGUGGCACGAAGCAGGAUGAUGCCAGUUCAACAAACCGUAGACGUACAUCUCGUCUUGAAGCCAUGAAACAUGCUAAAACUAUGGACAUGAGUGAUCUGAACCAGAAUGACUUUGAACCUGAGGAAGAACCAAAAAGUGUACUUGACAGACCAAUCCCACGUCAGAGAACUGAAUCUAAAGGUGAGGCGCCAGUCACAGCCAGACGACGCAGAAGAGAAAAACAGUUUAGAGAAAAGACUCCUCCAGUUGGACAAAAGCCUUCAGAGAGCUCUUUUGAUGAUGAAGUUUUUGACAACUCACUUUCAAUGAAGGUUGGAGAUGUGACUAGUUCAAUGCUAAAUCCAAGUGCGUCGGAGUUUGUUCCAAAGACUGGCUAUGUCCGUCGGCCGCCUUAUGAAAUAGCUGAGAUGGAAAAGCAGAGAGAUGCGAAGCUGCAAGAAAAAGUCAAUGCAGAAAAAGCUGUCCAGAAGUCUCUAACCUUGUCAGACAUGAAAUUUCCUAGUAGAGAUGAGAAAACAACUCAGGAGACCCAGACUUUAGUGGACCGUGUCACUCGCAUAUUCUUAGAGAAGAGCACUCAGACACCUGACAACUUCUAUCCCCCCAUACCAACUCAGGACAAGGCCAUUGAUGCCAACCAGUUUUCUGAUGGCACUACAUCUGUCAGCAGUGCCUGGUCUUUCGACUCUGUAGCAGAUCUCAGCUUAGAUUUAGAAGACACUCAGGAAAGUGUUUCAACAAAUGCAUCAUCUGUUACUCCAGUUCCAUCUGAAGGUGCCACUACAGUUUCUGUUGUACUACAAAAUCAAGGCAUUAGUAUGAAUAACAAAAGUGUGUCAUCCUCCCUACAGCCUACAGCUCCUCUACCACAAGUACCAAGCCAGCCAGUGCCAGUCACCCUUCCAAUGUCAGCUCCAGUAUCAGAAAAGAACUUGGCUCACCAGCACUCUCUGGGCAGUAACAUGCCUGUUCAGCCUGCUGCCCCAUUAAAGCAACAAUUUAGUUUAGACAGUGGAAACUUCAUUGUUUUGGAGAGUCCUGUUGUAACAUUGCCAGUGGCCAAGCUACCUCUACCUGUUAGGGCUGCUGCUAACCCUACAGCCCCUGCGGUAGUGAUUCCCCAAGGACAAAUGGUUUCAGCCCCACCCCAACAAACAAUUCGGCUCCCACCAGCACCAUCACAGUCAGCGCCAAUACAUGCACCAGCUCCUGCUGUUAGUCAGCUGGUAGCACCUGCUGGAAAUCAGUUACAAGAAGGAGUUAUAGCCAAUUUUGUCCAGCCUGUGCCGCCCUACACUAACCAGGUUUGGAGUGAGAGCCAAGGCAUGGAGUCUGGAAAUGAGGUGGUGUUGCCAAAGUUAGAGAAGGCUCGUGCCAGGAGGCGGCGUCGAAUGGAUAGAAAGAAAAAAGUGGAUGGGGAAGGCUCUGGGUCAGAUGUUCAAAAUGAAAAUGUUCCUUUGGGUGCAGUGGCUGACUCCCCUCAGAUUCCUGCCAAGCCCAAAGCUCCGGAUGAAAAAAAAAAAAUCCACCAGCUAAACAAUGUGAAUGCCAGUGAGAACCAGAUGCCCAGCUCUCCAGUGGACAACCUGAGGAAACACAGCCAAGAGAGCAAUGGCUCUGAUGUGUUUGUCCUUGCCUCAGACAAACUGGAGACAACUGAUAGAUGAUUGGGUUAUAUUCAAGCUACUUAUGUACAGUACUCCCCCUUUAUUUGGAACUUAUCAUCCCCCUAAGAAAUGUGAUCUGCGCUUCUUAAAUCAUUCUUGUACAUACACUAACCUCCUGAUUUGAUGUGUUUUUUUUUUUUUAAUCCAUAUUAUCUGCUGAUUAUGAAUGUGGUUUUAUUUAAAGGCUUCUUGUAUUGUACAGUUUAGUUUAGUAUGUCAUGUUUUUGCAGUUAGUUUUUUUUUUUACUGUUUAAUAUUUUUUUAAGAGCGGUUGAAAUGUUUUAUUAUAUGAAACAUUAAAAAGUAAAAUGUUAAUUUCUAUUUAAAUAUUCCUCAUUUUCCCUCAGUCUAAAAGAAAAUGUAAUUAUCUUAAAAUUGUUGUAAACUGAUGGUCCCCCCUAACAGUGUUUAAUAUUUACUGGAAGUCAUUGAAGUAUGUGCAAUUUAUUUAUUGGCCCAUAAUUGUGAUGAUGGUUCUAUGGCUAGUGAGUCUUCUGUGAAGGCUUUUUCUUUUUAUGUGAUAAUAUUUGGUAGAGUUGUGUGUUUGAAAGGUGUGGUCUUAUUUAGUUGUCAACCUGUAGUCUUUGCAUCCUUCCAUUGGCUGACAGCAUGUAUGCUGCUCUGUUUUUCACUAACCAUGCUAGAUCUGUCACUAAAGUUACUAAAAAAAAUAGUGUAACAAAGUCGGAAGGCUUCAUAGCAACAGCAUACCCUUUUUUGUCUAACUUUCGAAAGACAAAAUGGCCCUAAAAGUGCUUAAGUUGGCUCUGUCCCCACCUUCCCCUGCAACUAGACCAUGAUAUUGCUGUUGGUACUUAGAGUAAAUGUUCGGCAAAGGAGGGGUCAGAGAAAAACAUGGAGCGCUACUUAAAAGAUCCUGAUGAUGAAGACCAUAUGCAGUUGUUUGAACUCAUCUCCAAGCUCCUGACCUAUGAGCCAUCACAGCGCUACACACUUCGACAAGCCAUGCGCCACGACUUCUUCUUGCCAUAUCAGCGG